UUCACGAAAGGUCGUUGUGACGUGACCGGUAAUGGGAUGUCCUCAGAUCUUUGUUUAGCGGUAGCGAGAACUAAGAUCUGAUUUUAGUGAGAUUGGUGGUUGAAACACACAAAACCUAUGAACCUGUCUUCAAGCAGUUCCGAAGAGAAGUGUUAGCUGCUCAGUGUGUGACUUCCAAGAGAGCAGUGGAGUCCCGUUGUCAUGGAUGAUGAAGCUACUACUCACCAUGGCAACAGGAAACACAAGAUGAAGGGGACACUGGAUGAGCCCGAGGAAGAACAAGCAAUUCCUGAUGGUUGCGUCGACUUCGAGGUGGAAUUUGAGAAGAUUGCUCAUGAGAGAGAAGCUCGAGAUAAGCUGCAGAAGAAAUAUGACAAGCUGAAGAGAAUCUACUUGAAGUUGCAGCAGAAGUACCUGGAAAAGGAGGAGCAGAAAACUCAAGUUAAGGUGCCCGCCCAAGAGGUCGUCACCAUCAAAGAGGAGCCUGAUGAGAAUCAACCUUGUCUGACCUUGAGCCAACCAACCGAAGCCCAAGCUAUUGAGAAAAAGAACAUGUCUCGAAUAGCCCCCAAAAGGAAAUGCUCUCCGAGGAAAUCGCAAAUCCAGGCCAAUGCAGCUCUGGAUGUGACACGGGUCAUCGAGUCAGAAGUCCCAGAAGACGAUGAGGAGGUGAAAGAAAAAGCAACCAAUUACAGGAAGGCUAAAGGCAGACGUAAAUCAUCUAAGCCUCGAAAGAAAGACGAGGGAAAGAAAGAUUGCAAGAAAGAUGAAAAGAAUGAUGGAAAAAAGGAAGCAGUAAAGUUUCUGGAGGAGACAGGUGGACGUUCUCAAGAUGGUGAUGAUGGUUUGUGGUUGUAUGUUGAUGAGGGUGAAAAGUCGGAUACAGAAGUCGUGCCUCAGAGGAAGAAACGGAAACGGAGCAUGAAACCUAGACAUCAUGAAAAAGAUAAAGAGAAGGAAAAGAAGGAGAAGAAGCAGGAUUCCCAGGUCUUUAGAUGCGAAACUUGUGGCAAAUUCCUGUCCUCACGCCCAACGUUGGAGAAGCAUUAUCGCAUCCACACUGGUGAGCGGCCCUACCAGUGUGAUGUUUGUGGCAAGAGCUUCAACUCACUCAGUUCGUUUACUAAUCACACAAGAAUUCAUAAUGGAAUAAAGCCUUAUAAGUGUCAUUAUUGUGAGAAAUCGUUCACGGAAACAAGCCAACGGACAACUCAUGAGCGCACCCACACCGGAGAGAAACCGUACAUGUGUGACUUGUGUGGAGGUCGGUUUUCACUGCGAAGCUCCUUAGUGCGACAUCGCCGCAUUCACACGGGCGAGAAGCCGUAUGUGUGUGGUGAAUGCGGAGCUGCGUACUGUCAAUACACCCAACUGUCUCAUCACAAGAAGAAGUGUGGCCGACUCUCCGCCCUCCCAACCCUCACUCCCCUGCUCUAUCAGAGUGACAUGGCCGAAUAUCAGGCUGAGAAAGACUUGGGUGAUGGCAAAGUUGGGAAUCGGGUAAAAACAGAAUCGGAUUGUGAUCCACCAAAAUCAGUUCAGCAAAACAAAGACGAGGCAGAAGAUCUCACAAACACAAAGCCUUGUCUACAAAAAUCAAAAGCCGAAUCUGAGAAAGAAUUUCGAUCUCACCCGGUUUGUAAACCCUCAGAGAGGGAAUCGGUUAUUUCGAACCCUGUCCCAAACUUUCAGCAUUUUCAGCCAUAUGUACACCCAUUAAAUCAUGCUUUAUCUAACUUGCCACAUUUCCCUCCCCAGGAACCUCUCUCCAGAGAAGCCAUGGAGAGACUGUCAAUUUCUCAUGCACCAUGGUUGCUUAAUAAUUCAUAGUGCACAACGUCUUUCGUGUUCAGUGGAGUACAAGUGUCUUGUUUGCAUGGUAAAGAUCAUGUGUCAGUGUGUGAUUUAGUGCACUUGGCUGCCUAUUAAUUCAUUGUGCUCAACGUUAUCAUGGUUCAAUGGAAUACAAGUGGCUUGUCAACAUGGUCAAAAUGUUUGUGUCAGUGUGUGAUUUAGUGCUUCAGAUUUCAAUCCUCACAAAAAUUAUUAUUGAACAUGUUUGAUAAAUUAUGAUCGUUUUGAGUCCUUUUUUUGAAGAAGGCUUGUUAAUAGAGGCUUAAAGCCUUGUGUUGUGGCCACUGGUAUUGAAGAGGAGACACCUCAUUGUUCUUAUUGGCCCAUCGUCCCGAGGCAAACGUAUCCACCAGCCUAUAUCAAAGCCUAGUUUCUACCCUUGCCACAUCAAGGCCACUUUUCUUGGCUUGACCCUGGCGGCACCUCGCGUAGAUCACAAGUUGUCCCCCUUGUAAUGAAAACAUGAUAUCCAAUCAGAUCGCUGUUCUCAUCUCGUAUAGCUUCACAAAGAUGGCGACUACCAUAGGCGACGAUUUAGUCGAUCAGAUAAAGAAAACAUUUGCGAUUUCAUCCCUGACACAAAAACAUAGGCAAUCAUUGCAGGGUUUAAAAUAUGAAAAAGACAUAUAUGUGCAGUGUUCGAAAUACCUGCC